GGCAUCAGUCUCACUGUAUAGCUGAGAGGAUACACACACACACAAACCAAAAAUGUUCGGAAAAAUGUUCGUUUUCUUCGCCGUGCUGGUGGUAGCCCUGGCCAGGGAGUACCCAGCAGGUGUGCACCCAGCUGUGUGCCCGAACUACCCAUACUGUGACGCGGAUGCCCUCGCCCGCCACACCCCUGACGGCAUGCCCAUCCCUCAAUGGGGAUACCACCCUGGUGUUGCACCAGCUGCUCCUGGCCCUGUUCCCGCCGCUCCGAGGUAUCCCGCGGACUUCCCCCCAGCGCUCUGCCCCAACUACCCCUACUGCUGGUGAAUAACCUAUAAAGCAAAAAACCUUUUCCGACGCAACUAUAUGACAGCUUUACCAUCUUAGAAGAAUGAAGACGCUGCCAACCUCUUUCGUAGAAACUAUCCGAACGCAUUUUUAAUCUGUGCUUAAGUCAUCCAUCUGUCACUGUCAUGUAGUUUUUGUAAUAUGUUCGCGCCAAAACUUGUCAAAGCGUCUUCAUAAAUACCUAUAUACAACAGAAAAUAUAAAAAAUGACCACUGAAAUGUUUUUGAAAAAUUGAGAAAAGAUAUUAUUAAAAUACUGGCCGGUAUCUAUAGUAAGUUUUCUCGAUUGGUUGAAAUUUUGAAUUUUAGUGGCCAUUUUCGUUUCUAAACUGUUUUUAUAAUAUUGUUUGGGUAUUUUUUCAAUGGUUACGAAGAUUCCAAGCACUGCCAUAUCGUUUAGAGAAUGUAAAUAGACGCAUUGAAUCUUUCGUCUUCGUAAGAGAAUGCUUGUUUGCAUUUGUAUUUGAUGUAAUUUUGUAAAAACGUGUGUAUAAAUUGUAAAUAAACAAGAUUUUUUUAUAAAA